AUGCAUGCAUGCAGUAGGACAUGUGAUACUCAUGAAUUUCGUACUCGUGGGCAUAAAUAUUUCCCACAUGAUCCGUUGAUUCAACCUUUUUUGGAGCGAGCAGGUUUUGGAGAGGUCGUUAAGAUAACAAAUUAUCUCAUUGAUUCUAAAUUUAUUUUGGCUUUGCAAGAAAGGUGGCGACCCGAGACGCACACAUUUCAUCUUCCAAUAGGUGAAUGUGCGGUUACACUCGAGGACACAUACAUGUUAUUGGGUUUACCCAUUCAUGGUAAGGCGGUUAACGGUAAAACCAAUCCUACCGGUGAUUUCAUAAGAGAACUCUUGGGGGUUGAACCAACCCCACGAGAUUUGAGGGGACAAAAACUUUUAAUGUCAUGGCUCAAAAAAAUUUAUAGAGAAUUGACAUUAACCCCCGAUUCUACUGAAAUUCUAAAAAUUAGAAAAACCCGAAUUUAUAUAAUGCUAUUAAUAGGGUUAUUUUUAUGUUCGGAUACAAGUGGAAGCGUCGUUCACUCUAUGUACUUACCUUUAUUAGAUGACGUAGAUAAAAUAAAACAAUAUAGUUGGGGGUCCGCUACACUAGCGCACCUAUAUCAUUCUUUAUGUCAUAACUCAAUAGCCAAUACCGGAAAUUGGACCGGAUGUGGUGUUCUUCUACAAUCUUGGGGUUGGUCAAGAAUGACCAAUCUAGCACCUAUCCAACAAAAUCAGUUUGAAUUCCCAUUCGCUAGAAGGUGGUCUUCGCUUGGAAUGAAUUAUGACAAUUGUCCCCACUUCAGUAUAACGCAGUACCGCAAUCUUAUUGAUCACUUGGCGCAAGAAGAUUUCAUUUGGCGGCCGUAUCUUGGUCUAGAAGCAUUUCAUCAAGUUGAACGACAAGAUUCUGCGGUGUGGAGUGCAAAGGUGCCCAUUAUCAACUUCACCACCGUUGAAAUGCACAACAGUGAUCGUGUGAAACUUCAAUUUGGAAUGCUUCAAGAUAUUCCAUGUCCCCCAAAGUGCAUACCAGACAAAUAUCACAACGGUAAAGUCUCCGAUCAAUGA